AGCAGGGGCGGACUGACCAUUUGGAAAUUCAGGCACUGCCCGAGGGCCCGGGGUCAGUAGGGGGCCCCAUGAGAUGCCCCUGGUACCUUUUUCAUAGGCUUUUUUGAGUUUGGGCAAGGACACAGGGGCCCCAUGAUCCCCUAUUGCCCAGUGGACCCCAUGAGUUGUCAGUCCGCCCCUGUUUCCAAAUGGUCAGUCCACCCCUGGCCCCGUUAUAAAUCACUGGUCGCUGCCAUUACU